GCUGGCGGCAGUGGCUGCGGCGGUGGCGGCUGUGAGGAGCGCGGCGCAGCGGGGCGGGCGGCCCAUGGGGCCGGGCCGUGCUGCGGAUGGAGCCGCUGCGCAAUGGCGGCGGCGCGGAGGAGAAGCCGCGACGGCGGGGGGCGGCGGCGGACGCCGGUCCCCAGCGGCGGCGGAGCAGCGCCGCGGCGGGCGUUGACAGCGCAACGGGGCCGCAGCCCCAUGAACGGGGUGGCUCCGCCAGCCGCCAGCGCCGGGACUCCGUCCGCAAGAACCGCCCGCUCUUUCCUUGGUUUGGCCUGGAUAUUGGAGGGACCUUGGUCAAACUUGUUUAUUUUGAACCAAAGGACAUCACUGCUGAAGAGGAGGAGGAGGAAGUGGAAAAUCUCAAAAGCAUCCGCAAAUACCUGACAUCAAAUGUAGCCUAUGGAUCUACAGGCAUCCGGGAUGUGCAUCUUGAACUAAAGGACCUUACCCUGUGUGGACGUAAAGGCAAUCUGCACUUUAUACGCUUUCCUACUCAUGACAUGCCUGCUUUUAUUCAAAUGGGAAGCGAAAAACACUUCUCAAGCCUCCAUACUACCUUAUGUGCCACGGGAGGUGGAGCGUACAAAUUUGAGCAGGACUUUCGCACAAUGGGUGACCUUCAGCUUUGUAAACUAGAUGAACUGGAUUGCCUUAUUAAAGGAGUUUUGUACAUUGAUUCAGUUGGAUUCAAUGGACAUUCAGAGUGCUACUAUUUUGAAAACCCAACGGAUGCUGAAAGAUGUCAGAAGCUCCCAUUCAACUUGGAGAAUCCGUAUCCUCUCCUUUUGGUGAACAUUGGCUCAGGGGUCAGCAUUUUGGCUGUGUAUUCAAAAGAAAACUAUAAACGGGUAACGGGCACCAGCCUUGGAGGGGGAACCUUUUUUGGUCUCUGCUGCCUUCUUACUGGUUGCUCCACCUUUGAAGAGGCCCUAGAGAUGGCGUCCCAUGGAGACAGUACCAAAGUGGACAAACUAGUGCGGGACAUUUAUGGAGGAGACUAUGAGCGAUUUGGAUUGCCAGGCUGGGCUGUAGCAUCCAGCUUUGGAAACAUGAUGAGCAAGGAGAAGCGGGAAUCUGUCAGCAAAGAGGACCUGGCAAAGGCUACUUUAAUAACCAUCACUAAUAACAUUGGCUCCAUAGCACGGAUGUGUGCACUUAAUGAGAACAUUAAUCGAGUGGUGUUUGUUGGCAAUUUCCUUCGGAUCAAUACAAUCUCGAUGAGGCUUCUGGCAUACGCCUUGGACUACUGGUCAAAGGGACAGUUAAAAGCACUUUUCUUGGAACAUGAGGGUUAUUUUGGUGCGGUUGGUGCUCUUCUGGAACUUCUGGAUUCAGCCUGACGUUGUGCAGAUUCUCUACGUUGGACCUACAAAGUCAGGGUGCUUCCCAGGUCACUAAGCCCACGUUUCGCUUCAGAGCAGCCAUUCACAGACUGUUAAACUAAUUCUGCAUGACCUAAUCAGAAAAGGAAAGGACUGUUGAGUUUCUGUCUGUAAAUAGUUGAAACUAAUCUUCAAUUACAACGCAGGUUUGUAAAGGAGCAUGUAUGCAAAUAUGCUGACCGAACGUGGCGGCUGUAUCUGGAACAUCGGUAGGGCGUUUAGUCACUUCCAUCAAAUAGCCCUUUUUAUGUAUGUUCUACAUGUUUAGUGAUGGUGAUGUAACAGAAGACGUGCACUCUGUUCCUUCCGUCAAGAUUCCUUUGAGUGCUGAAUGUCUACACAGUUCACAGUUUAUCGAGUUGAGCUGCAGCGGUUUGUACUCCACAGCGUCGCCUUCUCGCUGUGCUGUGCGUUGUCUGUAAGGGGGAGAGGCCACCAGCACAGCCCUGGCACGCAGAAGGCACACGGAUCGCCUCCGUCUCCUCUGAACCGUACAGCGGCCAGGCAGACACCCUGGUGCUGCCAGUAAGGCUUUAUUCCUGUUACUGCAGUUUCUUAUCUAAGUAUACUAGAGAUGAAAGGUAAGGCACAAAUCCUGUGUCUCAGGUUGAUUCUGCUUUCAGGCUAUAAUGCUUCGAUACAGACCAUAAUACCCUUUGGGACAUGCCGUAGUGCUGGCAUAGUGUUAGGAGCGUCUGUCAGCCUCUGACCUUGAGAUCUGCUAAAAGCAAAUUUCAGUAUGAAGUAGUGUGGGGGUUUGUGUGUGUGUGUGUGUGUUUUCUCUGUUGUAAAACUUGGCUGCAUAUAACUAUACCAAAGAGAUUAUGGUGGGUUUUUUUUCCAGUCAUACACUUGGGAUUUUCUCUGUAAUGUUCCAUUUUACAUUUAUUAAUUGCUAAAUGACUGUAGUUUCUGGGGGGGGAACCUCUCCUUCCCACAUGCAUGCUGUACCCUUUGUUUUCUCUGUGCAUGCCAUCUUGCAUACAGCCUGCAAACUGGGUUGCUGCAGCUUGGAAUUCCUAAAGCUAUUGUACUUGGGGGGACGUGGGUUUAGAAAUGGCUUAGUGCACACUGAAUAAACGCUCUCAAAACCACAGA